GCAGGAGGGAGAGGUUUCCUGCAGAAAGACGCCAAAAGAAAAGAGCUCGUGACCCCAAAAACUCCAAUAGAAAAAAAUAAAAAAAAAAAGCAACAAAAGAGGAGUCGCGAAAAGCCUCUCAGAUCUUCCAUCCCAUCUUGAUCUACCGACCGCAUCUCCUCCUCCUUCCUCCUCCUUCCUCUCCCGCUCCUCAAUUCCAGCGCUCGAUCCAUCCGUCCAUCCGUCGAAGAUGUCGACCUUCAGCGGCGACGAGACCGCCCCCUUCUUCGGCUUCCUCGGCGCCGCCGCCGCCCUCGUCUUCUCCUGCAUGGGGGCCGCGUACGGGACCGCCAAGAGCGGCGUCGGCGUGGCGUCGAUGGGGGUGAUGCGGCCCGAGCUCGUGAUGAAGUCGAUCGUCCCCGUCGUCAUGGCCGGUGUGCUCGGUAUCUACGGCCUCAUCAUCGCCGUCAUCAUCAGCACCGGGAUCAACCCCAAGGCCAAGUCCUACUACCUGUUCGACGGCUACGCGCACCUCUCCUCCGGUCUGGCCUGUGGCCUCGCCGGGCUCUCCGCCGGUAUGGCGAUCGGCAUCGUCGGAGAUGCCGGCGUCAGAGCCAAUGCACAACAACCUAAGCUGUUUGUGGGAAUGAUCCUUAUCCUUAUCUUUGCUGAAGCACUGGCCCUCUAUGGCCUUAUUGUCGGCAUCAUUCUAUCUUCUCGGGCAGGUCAAUCAAGAGCCGACUAAACGAGGGCUAGCCAUGAGUUCUGAUGGUGUGGUUUGUGUAGUGCUUCAGGAGGCUCAUCAGUAUUUUUUUUUUUUUGAUUAAGGUGGAAGUUAACUCCAUAUAAUUCUUGCCGUGCUUGUCUAUGCUUUGGUCAGAUAUAUGAUGUCAUUACCCCUUCAUAUUCAAUUUUAUGACAAUCGGACCUCGUCUUCCAUCAUGUGAACUAGUAAUUAUUGUUCCUUGUCGUGCCAUGUGCUGUAUGUUGUGGAUGCAAAUCAAAAUCUUUCUCGAAGUACUGCCUU